CCUCACGAGUCUUCCUUCUCUUCCGGUUGUAGUCCGAGUGGCGGUUGAGGCGGAGGUGUAAGCAAUGGCCAAGUCCAAGAACCACACCACUCACAACCAGUCUCGCAAAUGGCACAGAAAUGGCAUUAAGAAGCCCAGGUCACAUAGAUAUGAAUCACUGAAGGGGGUUGAUCCCAAGUUUCUGAGGAACAUGCGCUUUGCGAAGAAACACAACAAGAAAGGGCUGAAAAAAAUGCGGGCAAACAAUGCUAAGUAACUGGCCUGCCUUUGGAUAGGAAAAGGAACUGACUUGCUUGGAAUCUGAUCAGCAGUUUUUCCUUAAAUUGUUUUUCACUCAAGGCAUUUUGUAUAAAUAAAAUUGGGUGUAAUGUACAGGUG